CUCCGUCUUCCCUCUUUCUACCUCCACUUAUUUUACAUCUCUUUGAGUCUCCCAGCGACAUCAAACGACAAUCAUUUCCCUGACUCUUGCUAUAGCCCACUCGAUGACUUUCUUCAUGGAUGUCAUCGGUCGCCAAAUAUGUGUCGAGCUGCUCGAGAGCUUCCUCUCUGAGAGCGGCGCAAUUGCCCAUUCACUGCACAUGGCUAAAGGCUCCAUACUAUAGCGGUCACGGCCAUUACAGUCCCAGUCACUCCUACAGUUCGCCAUUGGCCUCUUCUAUCCAUAGAUCCGGUCUUUCGGUUCGAUACAUACAAACUCCUAGCCAUUCUGAAGCUGCACCUGCAUCAGCUCAAAGCCCCCAAUCGGUGCCAGAAGACCCUAGACCUAUACAGCCCUGGCCCUGGCUGGAAACUGCAUACUGGAGGGAGCUGCGUCGUCACUCUCCUUUGAGUAGGUGCUUCAAAGACGGACGUGUGGUGGAAGAGAAGGUGGAUGCAAGUUCCUCGAAGUCGACCGUCGCAAGCGCUGCAACUACCCAGGAAACCACCAAAAAAGCCGAGCUCCCGGAAGAAAGAAAAUGGGGUAAUAUAUUUGGCGAUUCUGUUGAAGAUUCUGAGGAGGAUGGUGCAACGGCUCAUUCUCAGAGCGAACGCGCUCUGCGGUCGACGCCGACUGCCUCUCUAGAUCGUGACCCUUGGGAUGAAUCAGACACCGACCGACACUCACCUAAUAAUACAAGAGCGAAUCCUCGCAGGAACUCCGGUACCAAACUCAAACUGACUCCUACAGAGUACUUGUUGGUCAUGCUCUACAAGAGGCUUAAGCAUAAAGACUCAGAGACUGGUCAUUGGAUUACUGAAGGGACCGAUAAAAAACUGCUUAAUGCCAGCCAGAACACCAUAGACCACUUCAAACAUUUCCAUCGCCUCUCAUUGCAGGAAAUCGUCGCAGACUAUAUAGAACGAGUGGAUCCCCUACUUGAUAGUUGGGGCUCAAAACUCUUUGAUCCUAGUCCGAAGCUAGCCGAGCGAUACUCCUUCAAGCAUAAACUGCUACGACAACAUUUGGAAUAUAUCUUCUCAGAAGAGAGCAUCGAAUAUUUGACUCAACGAGGAUAUACCGCUGCUGACGUGGUGACGUGGGCGUGGGUGCUCAAAAGCAAAACACCAUAUGACGCAUGUCUACGCAUGCUGCUAGUAAGCUCUGACCAAAGCUCAGCUCAAGGAUCCAGGCGAGUGCCGUCGUUCAUCCCGCUACUUCUUCUUCGUCAGAGUCUUGAGUCCAGAACCUUCAAACUACUUCUACACUACUCGCUAGACCUCCUCACUGGUCGAACCUCUCAACUACCGAGUUCUCUUUCAAGCGAUAAAGAAACCACAAAUACCCUUGAAGAGAAGGAAGAUCAUUAUGCAAUGGAGCCGCCUCUUGAUAUGAAUCCGGCCUCAACUUUAGUUGUUCGCUUACUACAUCAUGCUCGCGAGCUGUGGCCGCAGGCCCAGCUCACGAUCGCUCAGGCUUUCGCGUUCUACUUGAGUACAGUGCCCGCUUCCAGGAUCACGGCUGAUGGGUCUCGUCCGCGCCUGGUCGAGAUUUGUAACACCAUACUUCGGGUGCUUUCAAUUCCCUGUCGAUAUGAGCCAUUUAUAUCGGUCUCAAUACAACAGCGUGCACAGAUUGAGCUUCUUCGAGCUAUGGCCCGACACCAGCCGGCUUUGCCAGUCACAAAACGAGGCUAUCAGAGUCUUGUUGCUAUACAAGUUGCUCAUAAGAAGACAGAAGCUGAACGCCAAUCUGCGGAACUCAAGGCUGCGUCGUGGCCACCUUGGAAAGAAGACAAAAUGGGUUACGAUGUCGAUCGGGGGCUUGAAGGCAUGAGAAGCCGCGCGAUGCGCGUUCUGACCCAGCAGCUAGAGGCGGGGUUUUCUCCCUCUGCUUGGGAAAACAUGUGUCGGAUUCUGGCAGGAUGGGAUACAGACGGUAGCCCAACAAUCCAAACCCGAUCCUUGGUGUUAGCUCAACCGGUGACUAUGCAGCGAUUCCCCGCGGAUUCCGACCACUAUAAGCUGUGGGAAGCACGAAUCCGCGCUACCAGGACUGUCCGGGAAGCCUGGGCCUGUUUCCUAUCCUACCAGGAGCACGGGCUGCGUCCCCAUGGUGCCAUAUUCGCCGCGAUGGCGGAAAAAUUGAUUCAUCGCCAACGAACCAUGUUUCAUAAGAACAGCGAGUAUCUCAGCACGGCUCUACCAGGUGAUGGACUAGAGGUUUUCCCCGAACCGGUGUCCGCUAGAGACUGGAUCUAUGUCCCGUCUGAACCACCCGGUUUAAAGCAUCUUCUGAAUAUGAUGCUCUCUCAGGGCGUGCGUCCGAAUGGUCGGUUUCUCGCAUUGCUUUUGCGACGUGCACCGAAUUUCUACACCGGGUUGGACUAUCUCUUUUGCAGCGACUUGACAGAUGAGCAGUUAGGAGUUUUGUGUACGGUCCACGGACGCAAUCCUUACCGCCCCAGAUGGUAUAAAAAGACUCUGAAAGAGCUACCGGGGUACCUCGUCGACGCGUUCGUUGCCUUCCUCUGCAGGUUUAGCCACGUGCAUCACCUACCGGAAAUUCAGCCUUCCGGGCCUGUAACCCCUGCCUUGGACCAAUUCCCUUUGCAGCUGGAUUCAGGAAGCCCACACCCGUCGCCGUUGACUAGAUCACUCACACCAGUAAGAAUGGAUCGUUUUUUCCACCACCACAAGGCGCUACCUCAUGCCAUUGAUUUGUUACGAGAACGGGAUUCACAGCCGCCUCAAGCCUGGAUUCAUGUCUUGUCUACAAUAGUCGAUUACGCAGGGGGCGCAAACAAGGCACGAGUCAGGCGUCACCCUCGGAGGAUAGUGGCCUGGUUCAGGGCGCAGUCACUCAUGAGAUGGUUGGAAGAGCGUCAAAUCGAUACUGGCUUGGCAGGAUUCCAUGCUCUCUGCCGUGCAUUUUCACGUGUUGGAGUUGCUGUGGCCAGAAACCCUGAUGCCGUGCAUGAAGCUUUGGAAAUCACUCGUCAAAUGGCGUCGCUUGGUCACCUGACACUGCUCGAGUCCGCGCCACCACAACUUGAGACAAUCAUACCGAAUGGUCUCAAAUAUAUGAAACGACAAUUCUACGUAUGUGUCCUCGGGGAUUCACAGGCUAUAUCGCUUGUCGAGCACCGAUUAUCCGCAGUACAGCAUGCCACCGGCUCGCAGGUGACUCUACCACCGUUGCUUCAUGUUCCCACGCCUGCUGUUCUUCAUGCCUUUGCCCGCACCCUUGGCCUCGUUGAAGAUUGGGAUGGACUGAUGAGUCUGCUGCGAUGGAUGAGACAGUAUGAGCUUGACCUGAAGGACAAGUAUGACCAGCUGCUGAACGGGAGUCGGAUAAUGCGCAAGGUUUUAAUAGCAAUCCGGAUGUUUCUGGAGGAACAUGCCGCCAAACAGCCAAAAUUCAAGAAACACAGGUGGGAAGUGCAGCAGCAGGACGGUGUAAAUUGGCCCGAUCUCUUUCUGCAGGAAGCAUACGACAUUAUCAGCACUUCGGAAGUCUGGGGAUCCUGGCCUAGUGACGAGGAAGUCGAGAGCUACGCGGUUGAUGCGCGAUAUUCACUUUACGUAAAUCACUAGGAUUAUGUGCAGUGUAUCUAAGUAUUCGAUGGAUAUGACAG